AUGGCCGAGACUAACAGUGAAAACGCCGAUACUGAUGCCUCUUAUGAGGAGAAGUUAAAUGCUCAAAAAGAGAUCGCUAAAGGAAUGAAGAUUUCAGAACUGAAAUUGAAAUUGCAAGCGGUAGGAAUCUUCACUACUUCUUUUGUCGAAAAAUCCGAAUUUGUGAAUGCCUACGCCGAAGCAAUGGUGAACGCACCGGGUACGGGAUUGGAUAGUGAAGAUGAUCAAGAGGGAUUCUCAGAGGAAGUCGAGUUUCCUCCAACUAUCAUGCAUCGUGUCGAAAGGCUGAAGAAAUUGAACAAUGAUCGAGAAGAACAAAGAAAGCAAUAUUUGAAAGAAAGAGCGGAGCUCGAAGCCAAGUACCACAAACUUGCGGAACCACUCUACGAAGAGAGAAAACAAGUUGUGCUUGGACAGAAAGAUGAAGAAAUUGCAAAGGAGCACGAAGGAGAAAGCGCAGAAAAAGGUGAUCCCGACGAUGUUGGAAUCCCACAGUUUUGGCUUUCGGCCAUUGGCCACAUGGGUCCGGUGGCAGAGUUACUCUCGGAACCAGAUUUAGAAUGCCUGGAACACCUGCAAGAUAUUCAAUGCGUAGACCAUGAAAAUGGUGGAGGCUUCACCUUGUCCUUCCAUUUUGCUCCAAAUGAUUACUUCGAAAAUACGAUAUUGACAAAGAGCUACGUGGUUCCAAACCUUUUACUUGCAGAUGAGCCAAUCUUGAAGGAUGUUCAAGGAUGCGAGAUAACUUGGAAGGAAGGUAAAUGUCUCACUUUCAAAGAGGUUAUCAGGCAGCAAAGAGGGAAAGGAAAAAAUGCAGGCCAAGUCAGAGCAGUAAAAAAGCAGGAGAAACAAGAAUCCUUCUUCCACUUCUUUACUCCCCCGAAAAUGCCAAGUCUCUCCACAAUGAACGAACAAGAUGCAGAGCGGCUUGAACAUGCCUUUGACGAGGAUUAUGACAUCGCGCAAGCAUUCCGGUCUCACAUUGUUCCCAAGGCCGUGUUGUGGUUUACAGGACAGGCUAUGGAGAACGAAAUGGAAGCUGCAAUGGCAGGAAUGAAUUUUCCAACGGGAUCUGCACCUGGUGAUGGAGAGAAUCCUGAAUGUCAACAAAGCUAG